UGUUUCCAGCUAGCGUAUGGAUGCGGGGAACAUGCGGAUCAUCGUCAACGUCGUCAAAAUUUCGCUCCCCAUCUCAAAUGGCGUUCUUUUUUUGUGUGUAUUCACGCAGAGGCUGAGAUAUCGAUCGGUCCAACAUAAUACUUGGAGUAGCCCCGGAUGUUAUGCUGUGUGAGAAACAUAGAAGCAUAUGAUUGCAUACGCUAGAAGACAUGAAAACCUGCGAGUCCUCAUGAUUGAGGAGCGAGAACGAUUUGAGUAGAUGGUAUCUUUCAACCUCCAUCUGCUCGUACCAUAAGCACACAGAAUCUUGAUUCAGCUGUGUAUCAAUCUUCAACGUUGAUGAUGUCAGUCGCGCGGAUGAAGGUUCACAUGAACGAAGGUCAGAUUCUGCGUGGCCGGUGUAGAAGAUCGAUUCAGUUUGACGAUCUAAAAUAAAGCUCAGUAGGGUCGCACAUUCAUCUGCAAAACCAGAGGAACCCAUACGACUUUUGCAUCCAUUCUGCUGCGGGCGCGAGCUGUGUACGACGGAUCUGUCAACGUCAAACGCCCGCACCAACACUGUACGGGUGCCAAUCAUCGAUGACGGGCAUCUGCCCACAC